UUUGUUUUGAAAGUCCCACUGUGUAACUUGCGUCCCAGCAUAAUUAAUUCCGUACCAUGUGACCGGCUCGUGCAAAGGGCUUAUUGCAAAAACUAACGAUUUUUCUACUCGAUAUCCCGUAUUAUUAUUUUUCCCCCAAAGAUCCUGUACUCCGUUAAUUUUUUUACCUAAAUAUCCCGUAUGCCCGAAAAUCUCUAAUAGGGCCUCAAUUACAUCAGUGCUUGGUAUUUGCAGAUGGUUGUAGAAGUUCAAAGAGCUUCGUCACAAAAAGUGCAGAUUUUGAAGGGAACAAAUUUUCACGGUUUGCCAUUCGUGAUCCAACUAAAAGUGGUCUUUCUUGGACUAAACAAUUUUUUUGUUUGCCUUCAUAUUGUUUGCUGGUUUUUUUUUGUGCUUCUGAGGGUCCUUUUUUGACGAUUUUUAAAUGCGGAUAAAAAAGUGUCCGAAAAUAAAACAGUCCAAACUAUUUACAGUACAGUAUAAAACUUUUUUAAAAAAAAACUCCAAUAACGUUUUUAAAAAAGAAUUUGAUCAUUUAUUUUCCUCAGGAGAAGGCAAAACAGCGAUUACGCUUGAUGUCUCGCCGCCGGCGCCGUCGACACAGGUCAUUUGAGAUUGAGAUGGACUAUGAAGAACUAACAGUGCGGACAUUGCAGUUUUGCGUCAUGGGGUAUGACGCGUACUCGAGACAGAAGGUCAUCGGUGAUGUGUUACUGCCACUUGCAGAACUUGCAAACCAGGGAAUUGAUAUUACUAGGGAACUCGUCAUGUGGAGGGACAUACAGACCCGUCAACCGCACUCAUCAUUAUUACGUGAAAGAAUGGCAGCUGCGGGUCCGGAUCUGUCUACCAUACAGCCCUCUCGUUCACAGGAAGAGUGUCAGGCUGAGCCUGCGAAGGACAGCGGCCAACCAACGGAAACUGAGUGCUAUGCUUCCUGAACAAAACCACGAUAAGAGCUUUCCCGCCAGAGGAAACCUGGGGCCUAUCGACCUGACAAUGCUCAAAUUAUUGUUACAGUUUCAAUCGCAUGAUUCUACCAACAUAAAGGGCAUGAACCUUUAAAAGACAAGUGCUAGUAAAACAAAAAAGAAAAAAGAGGUCAAAGAGCCGGGAUGGGUAACAAAUUCAAAAGUUUACUUAGAAGGCUCUAUGAAGUGAGUUUGCGUGAAUACAAGUCUAAAAUCACUCACCCUCUAGACAGCUUCCUUCGCAUCUAUUAAUUGGCCGUCACACAACAUCGUUUCUUAUUCGAACGAACUUUCUUCGUCCCGACACUCGUCAAGCUGGCAACCGUAGAGAAUCCAAUCCAUCCCAACAGUGGGAAGAAAUCUGGAUGUAAAUUAAGCCGAGAACUAUUUUUUUCCACUUGAUAAAUUAAGUUUUAUAACUUUUUAAAGAUCUGGGUGAGACCAACGUGUUUGCAAUAACAUGGCUGCACUGUUAUGUUUAAAAAAAGGAAAACAAGUUAGUUUUUCAUGUACUUACUCGGCCACGUCGUCCAGUCCCUGAUUUCUCCCUCCCCUCCCUUCAUGAGAGAUGAGCCCGGCAGAUUUCAGGCUAACUUGCAUGCGCAUGCUCAGGACGCGGCCAUUUCCUCUCUCCCCCAAAACAGGGGAAAAACAUAUAUGACAAAACAUUAUGAACCGCGCACACCUAGUGACCGUCUAUAUCAAUUACAGGGAGAAACAACUGAACAAACGUCAAAAAUCUUACCUACAAUCAUGGACAGAAGUGUUGACACGUUUGAGCAAACCAAGCGCUUUCUAUCGUCGUCCUUCCGUAAUUGAAAAAAAAAAUUUUGUCGAUAGUUAAAUCCCCCAUCCCCUU